AUGGCUAUCUCUAAGAAUUUACCACUUUUGAAGAAUCACUUCAGAAAGCACUGGCAAGAACGUGUCAAGGUCCACUUUGACCAAGCCGGUAAGAAGGUUUCUAGACGUCAUGCUAGAGCUGCCAAGGCUGCCAAGAUUGCUCCAAGACCAUUGGACUUGCUAAGACCAGUUGUCAGAGCCCCAACUGCCAGAUACAACAGAAAGGUGAGAGCUGGUAGAGGUUUCACUUUGGCUGAAGUUAAGGCUGCUGGUUUGACCGCUGCUUACGCCAGAACCAUUGGUAUCGCUGUUGACCACAGACGUCAGAACAGAAACACUGAGAUCUUUGAAUUGAACGUCCAAAGAUUGAAGGAAUACCAAUCUAAGAUCAUUGUCUUCCCAAGAAACGGUAAGGCUGAAGCCGAACAGGUUUUGUCCACUGCCGCCUCUUUCCCAAUUGCUCAACCAUCCACUGAGAUUGAGACCAGAGCUGUUGAAGACAAGGGUGUCUCUGCUUACACAACCUUGAGAUUGGCCAGAUCUGACAAGAAAUACAAGGGUAUCAGAGAGAAGAGAGCCAAGGACAAGGCUGAAGCUGAGGCCGAAAAGAAGAAAUAG